AUGGGCCAUCCAGGUUACGGCUGCCAGUCGCUGAAUGUGGAUGUGGAAAGGCGGCUUGUGAUCGCAUAUCUUUCGAAUGGCCUCAAGACGGCUACCGGAGAAAUGUGCCGACCUUACCAACAAAUACUGCAUUCGGUAUUUAAGGUGAUCACCAACUGA